AAUUCAAAACUUGCUCCUCAUCGACUCCACUCUCUCAUAUACUUUAUAAAACCUUUCUCUCUUACUGACUACUUCUUAUCAAUUUCUUUUGGCUUAUGUUGUGCCACAUUCUGUAGCAGUCGUUGAUAUUCUUCUUCUUCUUCUUCUUCUUCUUCUUCUUCUUUUCUAAAUGCACAAACAGAUAAAUUGAGUUGUACAAUAAUAAUAAUGGAGGAGGAAGUAAAAGCCGCCAUGACUAACUGGCUGGAAGGAGCAGAAGAUGAGCUCGUAACAGAGCUUCUCGAUAAUGAAUCUCCUUUCUUUCUAUUACCAAAUGACACAGUCGAAUCCAAACCAAACCCUUCAGACGAUGAAACUACAAUUGCUCGACUCAUUUCUACGGUAUAUUCUGGGCCAACAAUUCAUGAUAUAGAAAAUGCUUUAUCGAUCACAGCAAACCACAGACUGCAAUCGCAGCAAGUUGUUUCCCAAGCCAGAGUUUCCAUGUUCGAGAGAGGUUUCAGCAAAAUUGAGAAUAAUAAGUAUACUCUGAAACUCAAGACUUGUGGCAAUGGAAUGGCUGAUGAUGGUUAUAAAUGGAGAAAGUAUGGGCAAAAAUCUAUUAAGAACAGCCAAAAUCCUAGGAGCUACUACAGGUGCACAAACCCAAGAUGCAGUGCAAAAAAGCAAGUAGAAAGAUCAAGCGAGGAUCAAGACACACUCAUUAUAACCUAUGAAGGACUCCAUUUACACUUUGCAUAUCCAUAUUUCUUAGUAGACCAACCUGAUAUUAUAAACCCACCAUUGAAGAAGCCCAAGAAGCCCAUUACAGAAGCUGAAACCCAACAAGCACCAGAAGAGGCCCAAGAAUUGGGCCCAUCAAAUUCACAUGCAAGUGCAACCACUGCCUCAUUUGAAGAUUGCAUGCAAGAAUCAAUCAUGGAAGCAGAAGGGCCUCAAGGACUACUUGAAGAUGUUGUGCCUUUCAUGAUCAGGAAUCCAUCAAACAACAAUAAUGUGUCUUCAAAUUCUUCUUCUUGUUCUCCUCCUACUUCACCCAAUUCUUCCUUGUCUUGGUCCUCCAAUCAUUCCCAUUCAUGUUUUGAUAUUGGCUUAAACAUUAGAAUUAGGUGAAGUAAUGUACAUUCCUUAAGUGGGUCAAAACCCAAUAGUCUCUCUUCCUUCCUUGACUUAUUCUGUUAUUUGUGGCCUAGACAAUGUUGUGAAAUAAUGUAAAAUUAUAAUAUCAAUUAAUACUUCCUCCCA